AUGACAUCAAACAUUGCCGAGUCGUUGAAUGUUGUAACAAAAGAGGCAAGAGAGCUGCCAAUAUUUGACCUAUUAGAGUAUAUGAGGACACUUCUUGAACGUUGGACGAAAGAGAAGUUACUGAAGGCAAAGGAAAAUAAGAAAUGUAGCUGUGGACAAUUCCAACUUGAAGAACUUCCAUGUGCGCAUGCGUUGGCAGCAUUAAGGCACAGGAAUGAAACAUAUGAAAACUAUUGCUCUCCGUAUUACACAAGGAAGAGCCUUCUGUGUACGUAUGAAAUACCAGUAAAUCCUCUUCCUGAUGAAAGCAAAUGGAAUGUGCCACAACAUAUUCUGGAUGAGGUAGUAAAGCCACCGGCGGGAGAUAAAAGGCAGCCAGGGAGACCUCAAAAGGAAAGAUAUAAAACAUAUGAUGAAAUAAAGCCAAAGAAGUACAAGAUGUCAUGUGAAAAUUGUGGAGGUGAACGGCGUAACAAAAGAACUUGCAAGAAUGCGCCCAAAAAGAAAUGA